GAUUCUAUCAACUCAAGAAUUUUUUAUUUGAUAUGCACAGGGAAGUUGGCGAAUGUGAUUAUUCCACGUCCAAGGCUAGAUGGUGAACCAGCACCUGGGGUUGGAAAGGUGUUCUUGGAAUAUGAAGACGCCGAGGGUGCAUCAAAAGCCAGAUCGGGGAUGAAUGGAAGGAGGUUUGGUGAGAAUCAAGUCGUGGCAGUGUUUUAUCCGGAGGACAGGUUUGCCCAGAUGGACUAUGAAGGUUAAUCAUUCUCUUCCAACAUUCUUUGAUCAGGAUAUUUUUGUGUCACUCAUGUCACUUGGUGCCACAAGUAGAUAGGCCAUAAAGCCCUUAUUACCAAUAGCCUGCACUGUUUCUCUAGUCUGUAGUUUUUUGCUCUAUCCAUCCUGUGUAACAAAAAUGGUAUUCUUUAGGGAAGAAGAAAAAGAACUUUAUAAGUUCAUGUAUACUGCUGUUACUUCUAAAUCUAAUACUAGUGGUUCAAUUCGCCUGUAUCAA